AACCUUUUUAAAUACUCUCACAUGAAAAAUCAAAACAAAUCCUUUUUUAUUCCAAAUCUUCAUUCAUUAAUUAACAUCCUUCCUCUCUCGCGCCUCUCUCUCACAAAACAAAAUCAUCCAUUUAUCUCUCUCUCUCUGUCUCGGAUCUUUUAAGAAGAAUUUUAAUAAAUCAAAGAAGAUGACUAGAGGAGGAGCUACCGUAGAACUUGACUUCCUCGGUGUUGAGAAGAAACAAACCAACAACACCGUUGGUCCAAAGCCUAGGUUUCAGAAGUUUCUCGAUCGCCGUCGUAGUUUCCGAGAAAUGCAAGGAGCGAUUUCAAAGAUCGAUCCGGAGAUAAUAAAAUCAUUGUUAGCUUCCGGAGGUGGGCAAAGUACGGAAGCUGUCUCUGGAACCGUACCUAUGACUAUUUUUUACAAUGGAACCGUAUCCGUUUACCAAGUGUCUCGUAACAAGGCUGAAGAGAUUAUGAAGGUCGCUAAGGAGACAACAGUUUCGAAGAAAGACGAAUCAUCGACGGAGACUGAUCUUUCGGUAAUUACUCCGACCACUCUAAGACCAAAGCUCUUUGGCCAGAAUCUAGAAGGAGAUCUUCCCAUCGCAAGGAGAAAGUCAUUGCAAAGGUUUCUAGAGAAGCGUAAGGAGAGAGUAAUAUCGACAUCUCCUUACUAUCAUCCGACAUCGGCCUAAAACGAUCUUCUUUUUUAGAUUGGGACAUGGACCAAAUUUGUCUCUUUCACCACUCUCCAAGACUUCCAUGUUCCUUUUGCAUUUUGGCUUCUUUCCCAAUCUCUUUGAAAUUGAUGGCCUCUCUCUCUUCGUCGUUGCUUCUGCGUAUACUGUUUUCACGACACGUUUUUUAGGAGAUUACGUUUACCUACUACUUCUAUAUUGUUUUUUAAACUGUUUAUUGUCUUCUAAUAUAUACUUUUCAUUAAUUAAGCAGCUCUAUUAUAUAUCGUGUCGUGUCACUACUUUUGUUUUAAUCUUUUAGUACUUGUAAAAGGAAAUGAACACGCCUCUUUCGGCUUCUCGUGAAGCUUCCGUGAGUAUUAAAAAGAAAUGUGCUCAUGCUACUUUAAUUA